GUUUUGCAAAUGGAAGUGGUAUUGAGGGACAGCUUGUUUACGUCUUCGUGUAUUUGUCCUGAGACACAAGAUUAGCUUGUUUGAUUGAAAGACUGGCUAUAUAAAAUACUUGUCUUUUAUAAUAUAGAUAUCCGAUCGGUCUAUUGAUAGCCCUGCUUAUAGUAUAGCAUUAGGUUGACAAGGAUCAUACCUAUCAUGAUAGCCCGCAAGUAAUGUUUCCUGUCAUAGCAUUACACCUUGAACUCAUAGGUCUAGAUGAAUGCGUUAGUGGUAAAUACCAUUGUUCUGAAUCGAGGUCAGUGACGUCGAUUCUUGGCGACGACUUCCCGGUAUGUAAAUAUGACGGACUGCGACAUUUCUGGGUUUCAGUCCAACCACAAGGAAUUCCUUGUCGCAUCAGUCCCAGUCCCGUCGCGAGUCAUUCAGACGGCGACGGAUAUGCCUUCGACGUAGUAUGCUUCAGAAAGGCCGGCACGAGUCAGUCAUAUCGCCUCAUGAAACCUAGAACCUCGUCAAAGCCCAAAAUUGGUCUCAUGUUGUCCAUUUUCCAUCCGGGGCUUCCGCUCCCGCUCCCGCAAAAUAGCACCAUGGAAACGAGAGACGUCGCGACUUGUCCGCUUAUUCUUAAUAUUGGCGGACGAGGGGAGAUCAUCUUCGCGGUCCGAAAAAAAGGUUCAAGUUUGUAACGGACGGCACAUUCCCGAGUUUCGUGGAACACAUGAUGGCCCGAAUGUCCCUAAAUGAAUUAAUAAUUUUCGGAUGGAGGAAAAUAUCACACAGGUGUGGUCUGAUGUUUUUUUUUUUUUUUUUGUCUCCUCACCCGUCAAGGGGCUGUAUGCGCAGGAAGCAAGGGACCAAAUGGCGGGAUAUGAAGAUCGCCUUCACCUAUCUUCAAUUAGUUAAGCGAGCUAGUGGUGUCAACGUCUCUAUCG